UAUUGCCUGGCGGUUGUCCAGAAGAAGGAUUCAUUCACAGAUUCUUCUUAAGAAACUUUGGAAUAGCCUCCAAGCACACGCAGGGUCACCGUCUUCAAAAUGACAUCCGGCAAAGCACGCGUCCUCCUUGUCGGAUGUGGGGGCAUCGGCACGAUCGCCGCUCUCAACAUCGAAGCCGGAGGAUUGGCUCAGGUCUCCGCAGUCCUCCGCUCCAACUUCGAUGUCGUGAAGCGCAAUGGAUUCAGGAUAAAUUCUUGCGAACACGGCGACAAAGAAGGUUGGCGACCUACCGAAGUCUUGAAUAGCGUCCCGGCAUCAACAGACUCGGGCUCUGAUAGCGUUUUUGACUACGUCGUUUGCUGCACCAAAAACGUCCCAGACGCCGGUCCAAGCCUGCCAGACGUCAUCGCUCCAGCCGUUGUCCCAGGCCGAACAGUCAUCGUACUCAUCCAAAACGGCAUUAAUAUUCAGUUUCCCUUCUUCAAGCGCUUCCCUGCAACCAUUGUUCUCUCUGGAGUGAGCCGAAUCGACGCGCACGAGCAUUCACCAGGUGUCAUCGAACAGAAGCAGCCCGAUCUCCUCCACAUCGGCGCUUUUCACAACGCCAACAUCGACCUGGAAGAACAGCAACACGCCGCCAGACGCUUCAUCGAGAUGUAUAGUGCCGGAGGUAAGACGACAUGUCUCUAUAAGCCACAGGUCGACCUCGACCGGUGGAGCAAACUCGUCUACAAUGCUUCCUUCAACCCCAUCUGUGCUUUAACGAGGGUGAACGCUAGCCAGCUACGGACGGCGGAUGCUUCGAUGAACUCUUUGGUCGAACCGGCCAUGAAAGAAGUAAUCGCAGUAGCUGCGGCUACAGGUCACAACAUCCCGUCAAGCGCCAUGAAACAGGCUAUAGAGAUGAAUCCAAUCGAUGAGAAUAUCGAACCCAGCAUGCAAGUUGAUUUCGAUAAGGGAAACCUGAUUGAGCACGAAAAUAUUCUUGGUGAAAUCUGCCGAGAGGCACACAAGCGAUCUGUAGCAACGCCCAUUUUAAACGUACUCUAUGAGCUUUGUCGUGCGCAUCAGUGGGGUAUCAAAAGGGACCGCGGCUUAGCAUGAUCACCAUGGGAUUCUUCUGAUAUCAGAAGGUCUCAGAAGGUCACUGCCAUACCAGCAACAAGACUUAGGUACUUUAGCCCCAUCUGUCGAGUCACACUCUUAACUAGAUGCGUGUGACCGAGGGGCUCAACGAAAAGUCGAUCCACGCCUCGCAAUCACAGCAAUGUGUUUUCCUGGACUGAAGAUCAUUAAAUAGCCU